AUAACGAACGGCACAACAUCCUGUUUUCGACGAAAAUUCUGUGCGGUUUUGAUUUUAUCGACCCUGACAUUCCUGUCUGUCCAAAAUACCUCUAAACUGACUGAUAAAGGCGAACCGAAAUCAUUAUUACACACGGAUGAAUAAAUUGUCAAGCCAGGAAACAUUUACGACAACAACAGAGUAACGACGAAAAAAAAGCCAACAGCAACCACUUAUUUUCAGCACUAAAUUGAAUUCGUGUUGUAACUCGUAGCAGACUUACGUUUUUAUGUUCACACAUAAAACGCGAGCGAUCGAACGGCAAUCGAAAUAAAGUGUUGUUUGUUAUUUGAGCGCGAUAAAAACGAAUGAAAUACCAAAGCACCAAAAAAAAGUAGCAACAUCACCCGACGACACAAACGACACACCAAAUUCGAAGUUAUUCGAGUGUGUGUUUAUUUUACAUCGUUAUAUCGGAAACAGUGCUAAAGUUGAUGUUUGUUCAUUACGACGCGGCGGAAUUUUUCGAAACGAUGUGAAUUCUUUACAUGUUUUUUUUUAUCACAACAAGCAGAUUCACAGUUGUUUGUUGAGCUUUGCGGAGCAAAGAAGGAGGAAAAAAUCACAUUUCGAACGAAGCUCAAUAGAAUAUUGGAAUUUUAGCCAAACUACGGUUCAUAGUAGACGAUAAGACGACGACAGCAACAACUUUAAUUCAUUGUUUGAACAAAAAACAAAACAACAGCGAAGCACAUGAUCGUGCGAAAUUCCAAUAUUAUGAAGCCAUUGAAAGCUCAUAUUUAAUACUGUGUCAAUUUAUUGUGGAAUUGAAAAGUGAAUUUCUAUGAAUUAUUCUUAUCGGCAGCAUCCACUACGCUGGCGUACAUAAUAACAAUAUCUCAACUACAUUCCAACGAACCGAAGAAAAACAUACACACGUUUCACUCCGAUUCUUCUACAUCACCAUCUGGCAUUGUCAGUGCAGUUUUCUUCACAGCCCACAAAACGCAAAACACAAUCAGUCAACAGUAUCAACAUCAGUACGUCAUUGAAUUUGUUUACACACAGUCCAAUAGUUUGCAUGUUGCACCAGAUACAUGGAUACACAUUGUGUGUGUGUCUGAAGAAUUUAAUGGAACAAAUUUAAUUUAAAUGCAAAAUGACGGAUAAUGUGUAAUGCAAGGGAAAAAAAUUGCUUGGUUAGGGAAUUCUGGUAGCAUAAAACAUUCAGUAUACAAAAUAAUAACGAUAAUAAUAAUAAUAGCAAAGAUUCAGUUGGGAAGCAUAUCAAGGCAACAUUACGACAGCAUCAACGUGAUGAAGAAAUAAAUGGCAGCGCGUCAAGUCGAAUAAUAAUACAAUACAGUGAAUCUGUGUAUGCUCCAGCUGUGAUUUUGCCGAGCACAUACACUAACAAACACACAUACAUACCUCGACUAAGCCGAGCGCAAGUGAAAAAGAGAAACACGGACGCAUACAAAAGAAGAAGAGAAAAAAAAAACACGAAUGAUUUAGAUGAAUGAGAGCAGAGAGUGAAAACAUACAGUACAAAUAUGGAAUGAAUGAAAAGGAGCAGAAAGAGUACGAAAAAAAUGGUGCAAAUUUACGAUGUAAAGAUGAGAAGACUGUAGAAUUCAGCGACAGCAAAAAUCAUGACUUAAAUUUGAAGUUCAAUAGCAACAAACCCUCUAUUACAUCUCUUAUAUACAUAUAUAUAUAUAUAUAUAUAUAUAUAUAAAAUACUAUGUGUUUGCGUAUAUAGCGUGCGGCUCAAGCUAAAAAGCUUUCUCGGUUAGUACGAUAUAGAAACGGUAUGCUUUAUACACGCAAGAAGACACAGCAAAACAAUAAGUGAAACGAAAAUAGGAUGAGCAAUGCAUGUGUAUUCGGUUAAGUGUUAAUACAAGCGAAAUGAACUAAGAUAAAAUGCGAAUAACUGUAACGAAUGAAAUUGACGCAUCUCUUUAAAAGAAAAACGACUGAAAAAAAGCAACCAAAAAAUGUUAGGUUGAAAAUACGCGCGCCACGGUCUUGUGCUCAUUCAUUCAGUGUAUAUGAAUCAACGAUUUCAGAUUAACAUUUCUCACAAGGAAAAAAACAUUCGCUGUAUCCGUCUUUGCGCGCAGGGAUUCUACGCCAAAUAAAUUCUGUCUAUCUAUCUAUCUAUCUAUCUAUAUGUAUAAAUAUAGCUCAUGUGCACUUUGACCAAAGUUGUGAUUCACUGAAAUUAUAUAAUAAUAUUGACUUAAAAAAAAGAAGAAGAAAAACCAAGAUAAAAGGGGAAAAAAGAAAACGUUAGAACUAACAAUGCUGAUUUAUCACCACAAAGAAUGGCGACGGAAGCAAUUCAAGUCCAAUGAUUGCAUCCAUCACCGUUGCCAUCAGCAUACAAAAUGUAUGACAUAUACGUCGAGCUUUUUCAUACAACUAUUCAUUGCGAUGACAAUCAUGGCCACAACACCAGACCGUUCCGUUGCAAUGGAUAUUUUAAACGAUCAUUCGACAAAUGAUGCUGUUGAUGGUGAGAUGUUGUUGCCCGCCAUCAAUCGACACCAUCGCAUUGUACUUAACGAAAAAUUGCCCCCGCAAAAAUUUAACCAUCGUGGUCAUGGAAGCAUGACAAUGCCAUUAGCAUCUAAAUCGCAUGGCCUAAUAGCCGACUAUGCCAGAAACCGUGAUCAAUCAAACCCGGUUCGAGAAGGCAUUAGUGCCAUGCCAUGCAAUUGCUCGAAUGGAAAAUCAACCAAGUUCUAUGUGUCAAGUUGCAUGCAAAUUUGCGCCCGCCAACAGCAUCAACAGCAACAGCAACAGCAGCAGCAGCAGCAGCAGCAGCAGCAACACCGCCAACCGCAUUCAAACAAAUUCAAGCGAAAACGAAAGCAAAGCAUAAACCAGCGAAAAUUUGCACAAAAACGUGAACACUUGACACUAAUCUAUGGAAUUGAUGCCAUUAGCAACAGUACGCAGUCAAAACAACGCAUUGUUCCGAUCCAAUCAAGCGAAAUGACGGCGUUUGAAUUCCGAAGAAAAUCACCAACAUUCUAUCAUCGACAACAGUAUAGCGACUUUCGCAUUGAUGAAAAAUCACUCAACAAUAGCAAUGCACAUGAAACCAUUAAACCAAACCACAACCAAAUCCAAGUACUAACAUCGACUAAUUUACAACAAAUGGCAUUUUAUUCAGACAAGCAUUUGGGAAAUUUUCAAAAUAUUGACAUUAAGAAUAAUCGAUUGCAAAGCAGUGCAAUAGACGAUGCCACCAACGGGCACAAGGUACUAAACAACAAAAUCAUUCAGUCGAACGAUGGCAAGAAUAUUGUGCGAAAAAAACGUUCGAUCGAACGAGAAGAAAGUGAUAAAAACGGAGCCGAAAAAACAGAAUCAGAAAGAGACAGAAAAACCCCACCGACACAAAUCGAUGCGAUGAGCAUGACCGAAUCGGAUUGGCAAAAAACCAUGUUAUCAACAACAAAAGAUUCAAGUUCCAUAAAAUCAAGGGCAAAUGGGAUUUUUGAUUCAUCGAAAAUCGAAGGUGGGAUAGCUGAGAUCAUUGGCUCCUCGAAUGCUGUUGCUUCUGUUGGCAUCGCCGCUACUGCUGCUGCUGCUGCUGCUACGGGUUUCGAUGCAAAUCGAACCUCCGACUCAACCACAUCGAAUGGUACAAGGUUGGCUACCGAUGCGGUUGGCAUAAAUGACUAUGUAAAUUAUGCAUCGGAUGACAGUGGUGUGCUAAGGAAUCUGGCAUCGAAUCUUCGGCAUACCGACCAACAACUUAUUGAUCUGUCGGCCAACAACAAACCAGACACUGAGGAGUGGCUACUCACAAACACAUUACAGCCACUAAGUACGGAUAAAGUGAUCGGCAUAAAUAAAACGUGCGCCACAGUUGAUGGCAACGAUGGUGACACAAUUACGUGCUAUCAGGAAAAUGUAACGUGUGUAGGCGAUCCAGAGUAUUGCAAUUAUACCGAACUCGAAUAUCUUCAAAUGCUUUAUGACUAUAUUUUUCCGACGCCUGGUGAAUGGGUAUUAAUUGGAUUUCAUGCCGCUGUGUUUAUAGUCGGUUUGAUUGGUAACAUAUUGGUAUGCAGUGCUGUUUAUGCCAAUAAAUCAAUGCGAACCGUUACCAACAUAUUCAUCGUUAAUUUGGCUAUAGCCGAUCUACUUGUGAUUAUAUUAUGCUUGCCGCCAACGGUUAUAUGGGAUGUGACUGAGACGUGGUUCCUCGGCGAAGCAAUGUGCAAAGUUAUUCUAUACUUUCAGACGGUUUCCGUUACGGUGUCGGUGCUGACAUUGACAUUUAUUUCGAUUGAUCGAUGGUAUGCAAUAUGCUUUCCACUUCGUUAUGUCUCAACAAACGGACGAGCUUGGUGUUCGGUUGGAGUGAUAUGGAUCGGCGCAUUGGUAUCGGACAUCCCUGAAUUCAUAAACUCAACCACAAAGAAAAAGGAAUUACGAUUUGGCAUUGAUUUAUUCACACAGUGUGUAUCAACGUGGGACAAAGACACCGAAAAAAAUUUCUACAUCGCUCGCUUCGGUGUGCUGUAUUUGGCACCGUUGUUUUUCAUGUCCAUCGCAUAUUAUAAAAUCAUCCGUGUCCUCUGGAAAUCGGAUACGAUUCCAGGCCAUCGGGAGUCCUGUAAUCACAAUCAAUUGCACACAAUACAUGCGCGAAAUACUUCUGCCAAUUCAAGUACAUUGAGCCAAUUGAGAGCACGUCGAAAGGCAGCUAAAAUGCUUGUGGUCGUCGUUUUGAUGUUUGGUAUUUGUUAUUUACCCGUGCAUUGCUUGAAUAUUUUAAGAUACACCAUAGAUAUAGGACAGAAUGAAGUCGUGGCGAUAUUGUCAUUAAUUUCACAUUGGCUUUGUUAUGCAAACAGUGCGGUGAAUCCAUUAAUCUAUAAUUUUAUGAGCGGAAAGUUUCGCCGUGAAUUUUUAAGUGUGUUGGAACGAUGCCGGUGCAGUAAUCGAGAUUUAUAUCGUCAUCAUUCAUGCUAUCACUUCAACACACCUGGAGCACGACUCAAUACAAUUAGUCCAAAUACCCGUAGUCUAUGCCAGUUUGGAGGCCAUCACCGCGACCGAAACAAAAGUUUUCGCGAAAAGCAUACGAUCCAAACGUCAUUUAUCGAAAAUGUUUGUGAUAUUUAUCCAGGUAGCAUCGAUGAUGGUCAAAAGUUUGACAUCAAUACAAAUGGAACAUCAUUAUCAAAAACCAUUCCAAACGGCGACCGGCUACACACACCAACGGACUAAUUCAUUUUUUUAACAAUUGUAACUUACACACAAUCCCCCACAACAAAAACAUACACUUCACUUUAAAAUUGUAAAAUAAAUUAUUUGUAAAAAAAACACGCAUUUUUUUUUCUUUCAUGAAAACCAAAACAUAUAUUCACGUAAACCCUUUUAAUUGUCUAAAUAUGUAAUAUCUGUGCAUAUAAGUCAAAAUCAAUUAUUAUGA